CGCCUCUCAAGCAGUCAGCGCGCUCCUUUCUGCAAUUCAAAUCCAUUUAACUUCACAUCGUUCACAUCUCACUCACAGAAAUCAAAAUUAUUUUCUCAAAAUGACCAAAAUUUACAAACUUUAAUCAACAAUCUCCAAUCUUUUGUGGUGGGGCUUAUCCUUUUUCGUCAAUCUUCUGUUCUUGUUUCCUCGACUAAAGCUUUCGUUUUUCGAAUUUGAUUUGCGGGUUUCGCUCAGAGACAAGGCUCGGUCAUUAGAUUGUUGGGGAGGAAAAGAGCAAGUAAGAAAAAUGGGCUGCGAGAGUUCGGACCAAAGCCAGUCUUUACCCGGACACAGAUCUGAAUCAAAGGUUGUGGGUGGACAGAAAAGGGCCAUUGCUGAAGUUGAAGAAACUUCAAAUAGUUGUCACAAAAGAACGAAAAUGCGUGACCUUGAAUCUGUUUUUCCCUCUGAAGCCCAAGCAGUAAAGGGAGGAAGCUCGAAUUCAAGAGAGCUCGAUCUUAACCUUAACGUUAGUUCUGUAAAUUUUGCUACUACCAAUGUCAAUCCAAAGACGAGAUCUUUCCAUUUAGACCUUAAUAAUACUGACGACAUCUCGAACUCGGCCAGCGAUCCCUUCUUUCCUUACAACAAAACCCACCAAAACUCAAACUCGAUGAGAAUUUGGAAAGGGCUGAAACAAAACAAUUACAUGUCUCCCUAUCACAAUGUCGUGCCAGCUUCAUUACCGAAGCCUCGGGGGAAAAAGAAACUCAAUAAUAAUGAAGUGAUGAAGAAAAAGAUCGAGCAGGCAAAAAAGGAGCAGGUGGAUAGGUUUGCACGGGUAGCUGCUCCAAGUGGUUUGCUUAACGGUCUUAAUCCGGGGAUUAUUAAUCAUGUGAGGAAUAGCAAGCAGGUUCAUUCUAUCAUAGAAGCUCUGGUGAGGUCAGAAAAAAGGGGAAAUAGGCAGAUGAAUGAUUAUUAUGGCUUGUUUACGAAUAUGGGUUUUCAAGAGAGUGAGGUAUUAUUAGGAAGAGAUAGGGAUUAUUCAUUUGGGAGGACUUUCACGCCUUCUCAAAAUGAGGACGAUAAACUAAAGAUAAGGCUUUCAUCAUCUGUGGCGGUUGCUUCAGAGAACACCAGUUGCCUGUCGAAUGACGAGUCAGCAAAUCUUGGCAGUGUUAAUUCUCUUUCUUAUAAAGCGGCUAAUGUAGCUUCUCAAUGGCUGGAAGUUCUAAAUCAAGAUAUUAAGGGACGUGUUGCGGCACUAAGACGGAGUAAGAGAAGAGUUCGUGCAGUGAUAGCCACCGAAUUACCCCUCCUAUUGUCAAGAGAGUUUUCACACAACAUUCCCCAUUUUGACCAAGCAAUCGUUGAUGCACACUCGUUUAGAUGGCGCUCAAUUUUCGAGCAGAUGGAGAAUACACUUGCUGAAGAAGAGAACCAGCUGGAAAGUUGGCUGAAUCAAGUGAAGGAAAUGCAGCUUCAUUGUGAAAAGGGUGUCUAUAAGAACAGCCUGUACCAUGUUCCGGAGCAGGAGGGCCCACCAGUAGGAAACGAAAGCAGUUUGAAGGGUGGAGAUGAAUUAGAGAAGGAUUUAGCAAUGAGGGCUGCAGCUGCUUCAAUAUAUUCGACUUGCAACUUCUUGUUGGCAAUGGAAAACUGCUAAUUGUCCUACAAAAUUCGUUUUUUUUUUUAAACUGGAUUUAAUUUAAUGUUUGACCGGCUACACAAGCUUCUUGUAGCAUUAGCACUAUACUAAUUUGUUUUCUCCUUGAAUUAUGCCAUAUGGUUUGGCUAUAGAUUAACUUGAGGUUUAACUUUUAAGUUUUAACCAUUUUCAUUGUGAGCUUUGAAAGCAAACAAAAAGUAUCUGAGAGUGAAAAUCUGAAUUCAUUGUUCA